AUGAAGGAGUCAUCGUCAUCAUCAUCAGCAACAAUGUUAAAAUUGACUGCAUCUAAUUACUCCAUUUGGAAGCCAAGAAUGGAGCACAUCCUUUACCGCAAGGAUUUGUAUGAGCCCCUUCAAUUGCUCGGACAAAAACCAGAAGGGAAGUCAGACAAUGCAUGGAGCAUUCUGAAUAGAAAAGCUGUCGGACAAAUCCGACAAUGGGUGGAUCAAAGUGUGUUCCACCAUGUGGCACAAGAGACGGAUGCGUACAAAUUAUGGACAAAAUCAUUGUCCAUGUACGAGCGGAAGACCUCUCAAAAUAAAGCAUCGGUUAUCCGACGGUUGGUAAACCUUAAGUACAGAGAUGGUCGAAGUGUUACUGAGCAUCUCAGUGAUUUCCAAGGUUUGAUCAACCUGUUGACGAAUAUGAAGAUGGUGCUUGAUGAUGAGUUACAAGCACUAGAAUUACUCAGCUCUUUGCCUGAUAGCUUGGAUACACUAGUAGUAUCCUUAAGCAAUUCAGCUCCUCAAGGUGUUCUUACAUUGGACAUAGUUAAAGAUAGCAUGUUCAAUGAAGAAGAAAUGAGGAAAGAACAAGGUGUAGUAGUCGAGUCAGAAGCCCUCGUCUCAGAGUAUGAUGGAAGAACUAACAAUAGAAAAUUUCAUAAGAUAGACAAGUCAAAGGGCAAGUCAAUAGAUGGCUUGAGAGGAAGGUCAAAGACAAGAAAGGACCUAGAAUGA